GGCAACAAUCUUCAAGUAUAUAUUCACUCUGAUGUGGUAAACAUUGUGAAAUAAUUGCGGCAGUGACAAGAACAAUUACGGAGACAAGACAAAGCUUUAUCCGUACAAUCUUGUUUCUGAAUUGUCGAGACGAGGAAAAAAUAGUUAAAUAUUUAUAGUUAAAUACGGAGGAAAAAACGGCGAAGAUAAUUCGCUACGUUUUUCUAGCGAGACAUCAGUUUGUUCGCGGGACACUUCGGUCUGUUUCUCGUCUCAUCGGUUUUGCAACGCGAGUACAGGCGGCCGCAAUAAAUUUUGAUCACUUUCAUACCAUAAUUGCAUUACACGCAACUGGUUUACAGUUAUGCCUUACGACCCGCUUGUUAUAUAUACUUCUCGUAGAAUGUAUCCACUGUUUUAUUAUGCAAUCGAAGAGGCGUCGAGUGGAGGCACCUCGUAUUCGCGAGAAAUAUUUUCUUCGCGAUUGAGGCGAGCUUAAUAUUUCAACCGACGCGAAACCGUUCGACGCGAUAUAUACAGAGUUCAACAGCGUACGAAGUCGACGGCCGGAAGUCGACCGCGACUUUAUCAAGAUGUAACGUUUCUGCGAGAACGAUCGAGGAAAAAAGAAUUAACAUGAGAAGAAAAGAAAUUCAAUUCUCGAGACUGUCUGCCUUUCUUUCCCUCGACUUUCCUAUCGAGAAAUAAGCAGAAGAAAAUAGAGGACGAGUUGUUAGGAUGAACGAAAAGUCAAAUAUUUGUUUAGAACUUGGGAAGAAAGAAUAUGGAUGAAAUAUGGGUCGAGUUCACCACAUGAUUGAACAAUUACGCAGCAAUUAUUGGCACAAAACAUCUCUUUCUUUAAAUGAAUCAAUUAAUCGUUCGUUCGCCUUUCAUUGUUACUUUCACCGAUUAGCGACUAUCCUCAUUUAAAAUGGAGACGAUCAUUAAAGCAAUUUUCUUUUUCUGAAGCAUUUUUCUCUCUCGACGAAAAGGAGAAAAAAGGAAAUCCAAAUGCUCGUGCUGACUGUCGUUGAAAAACGUCUCCAGAACGCAACAAGUAUUUUGCUCUACGAAUAUAAACUAACUCGAACUCCAUAAAAACUUUAUUCUUACUUAAAAACGUAUUACUCGAUAAAAAUAUGAGUAUAUCGUGCAGUUUAGUUCAUUUCUCUAUCAACGUUCGAUGAAAAAUUACAUUGUUUCGAGGGGAAAAAAUUUUCAAAUAUAGAAAUUCUGAGAUACAAUGCAUAAAUACACUUUCAUCGCAACUUGUUCGAUGAACUCUUUUUUUAUUUUAUCGUACAUAUUCAAAUAUAUAGUUGGUACAGAAUGGGGAGGGGCGCGAGUUAGAAAGCCCUAAGUGCCUUUCAGAGGCUACUGCCGGUAAAGUUGUUGCUCAGUGAACUCUGAGCCGUCGUCCAUCGAGGUACGCCCGUCACUAUACGUCGUUUCGUUCACCGAACGAGAAUUCCGGUACCGAAGCCUCGUUUCUAUUCGUCGACGAUCGAUUUCUAUGGAAAGAUCACACCUUAUGAGGCACCGUGCCGCGUUAUUGCGAGUUCAACUAGUACGAAUAACUGGAACGGUCCGAAACGUGCGUAAAUAUUCCUUUACCCGUGACGACACGUUUAAAAGCUAGAAUUCUCGGCCUUGUAAGUAUGCUUUCUCUUUUAAAAAUAGUUGUGUGUAAUUUCGCGAUUAAAUGUACGAUCGGCCAACUCGAAGAAGAUGAUUAUAUCGGGCAAGUGAUCAAUUUCUAAUCGCGUACAAUAUCACGAUAUUAUUUCCAAUUUGGAGUUAAUUUUACAGGUUAAUAGGAUAUUUUAAUGAAUUGGAGUUCUUAUGAAUAUUUCUUAUUUCCAGUUAUUAGUUUUAUCAAUUAGCUUUAAGUUAAAUAUCGUUGAACUUGUACGAGACGAAAAACGCAUUUUAAAUUUAUGAAAAUUCAUGAAUUCUGAUGAAUGGUAAAAUAAGCAUUCCAUUUUUUUAAAAUAGAUAAGAAAUAUGUAUAAUAAUAAAACAAUGAUAAAAUCGACAAUAAUUAGUCUCACUAUUCCAGAGUUGAAGUCUCGAAGGUUACAGAAAUCGGGUCACAAGCUCGCGUUAAAAUUAAUUAUUAACGCGAAUCGAUUGUUUCGAUAGAACUAGACUGUGCUAAAAAAAAAUGAUUAAAUUAUCAUAACUAAAAAAACACAUCGUAUGUAUAUUAAAAUCAGUCUUGUUAAAAAUUCAUAUUAUGAUAGAUACGCGUACAAUUGAAUCUGUAAGUGACAGAUGAAAAUUGCACAAUACUUUCUAAGUUUUUCAUUUAUACAUAUGCAAGCGGUAUUGUUUUUCCUUUUUUCCAUUGAAUCAAACAAAUUCUACAAUUCUUUCGUGGAAUUAACUCUGACGUACGAAUUAUAUAAUUAUCCUCUGUUGCGCAAACUAAACAAGAAAGAAAGCUGGUGCCUCAUAGAGUGUUCGAAAGUACCGCGCGAUGAUUACAUGUUGAUGUGAUUAAUAUUGAGGAUCGUGAUUACAAAAAUGAUCGGAAAUUUUUAAUUUUUUUUUUUUUUUUUUAGAUUUCACAUGAUAAAAUAAAAAUAUCACGAUCAUCCAAACGAAAUUUUAAAAAAGUGUCGAAACGUAUGCGUAUAUUUAUCAAAUAUUCGAAAUAUUUGAAUACGUGUUGUUUAAAGAGAAUAGGUAGAAUUUCAAAUAUGUGCAAUAAAAUGGACGAAUCAGCGAGAAGUUGAUGAGGUUAUUUAAAAAAGGAGAUGUUCCAUGGAUAAUGGACAUGGUGAGAGAAAAGCCGAGACCUCGAAGUGUGAGCGAAAUGCUCGAUUGGCGAUGUAUCGUCAGAAACAAAGGCGACGUAGGUACUGACGACACGUGCGUGAACGUGCCCUUUCUCGAGGACUAUGACAAGGAUCCGGAAAUGCGUCGCCGGAAACGUUCUGGUACUUGGCCGUGAGUAAUACGUUUUACAAUUCUUUGGAAACUAAGAUUAGAAGAAGUUGUGUCUACUUCUUGACUUUGAUAAAAGAAAGAAAAAAUAAAAUAAUUUUAAGUGAAAAAUAUUAUCUAACAGAAAUAAUAUAUUUUAAUAUUUAAAAUAUUAAUAAAAUAUACAAUUUAUUUUAUAUAUAAAUGUUUAAUAAUGAUAUUUCAAUCAACAAUCAAGUAACGAUUGUUUUUAAAUGAAUUAAUAACAAUGAUUAAUAGAUAUUUAUCAAAUCUGAGAAAAUUUUUUAAUAUGAUUUAAUGUCUAAUUGAAUGGAAAUUGCUUAUUUCUCGAAGAUUUUUAAUCGUAAGUUGAAUAUUUUAACAUUUUAACAUUCUAACAUUACAAUUUAUAUAAAAGAAGAGACUAUUUCAAAAAAUGAAAUAUUUCAAAUUAAAUCAAUUAUAAUUAAUAACUAAUUAUUAUUAUUAUUAUUUAUUUUAUAUAAUAUAUAAAAUAGAUAAUAUACAUAUAUUAUAUUAUGUGAAUGAAGCACAGGAUUCACUGGAAACGAAAUGAAAAGUAAGCCAAAUGUUAGCAAAGUUAUCACGAAACCAGUAUACAGCUGUUCAAUUUCGUAAUUAAACUGGAAUCGCGCGUAAUCCGAUUCCAAUUCGUGUGAAACUUGAGAGAAGCCGUUUGGUUGCUCAACAUUCUUGUUACUAAGAGAUACAUCGAAAUCCGUGCACUGACAAUUUGUCUUUGGUGCAUCAUAUGCAGCGAAUAUUUUAUCAAACAAUAACACGUAUGAUAGUUUUUGUAAUUAAUAUCAAUCUAUUAUAUUUAUUAAAUAUAUCAUUCAAUUCAAUUAUAAACUAUUCAAUUAUAUACUUUGCUUAUUUUAUAUUGUUUUACAUUGUCAGUUUUACAUUGUUGCGUAGAUAUGCGAGGUUGCGUAAAAGAAGUUAAAUAAAAUCAAGAGGAAAUAAAUGUAGUACGAUAUACAAAUUGAAAAUUGAUUGGUCGGCUGUAGCAGUUGCAGAGCAUGCGUACCGUAUAUCAAGCGUCGCGACGCCAGCGUCGACCUGUUCAUCAACGUAUCCCUUUUGCGAUUGUUUAGCAACGAAACGUGCUUCCAUCUCGAUUCGACUCGUUCGAUAUUGUUUCUUAAUCGCAAGGUUUACAACGUCGACGAAACAGCGCGACUGUUUCGCAAAUCGAUGCAUAUGGACGAAGCUGAAUUAAGGUAGGACCAGGUAGGUGUUGGUUAACCUAAAUCUCGUGUGGUGGCAUGUGCGUAUGGCACUAUGAUAACAGCGUGCAUUUAGUGAAUACGAUGCGUUAUUUAUAUAACUCGAACUAGUGAUAUGUACGUAAUGGUGUUUUGUGAUUAAUUCAUGAUUAAUUUGUGAUAAGUGUUUCAAUGUUGAAUAUUUUUAAUUUUUCAUCAUAUAUGUUUUUUUGAGGUUAUAUCAAAGUUCAAAAAAAUCUUAUGAUUAGUCUCUGUUAUAAAAUUUAUCGUAGAUUAUGCUAAAAUCAAAAGGUUACUUAUGGUCUGAAUCGAUUUGCAAAUUGAAAUACUUUUUUGAUACAUAUGGAGAAAGCAAAGGGAACAGUUUGUCCUAGGUUAUGUCGCAUGGUAACGAAUCGAUUGAGAAGAAUGACAUUUAGGCUGUUGCAUCGUUAAGCGGGUACACAUUGCACCUCGCCGCUCGUUUCGUGCACGUGUGCAAGGAGAUCGGAGUACUCGAAUUGUUGAUCGGAGUUUGAAUUGCGAACGCCUCGAUGGGGGAGUGUUUUUUUGUUAUUCCUCUCUUUGAAACCGAGAACGCGUUCACCUUUCGCCGAGUAUACAUUCCAUUUUACGCGAUACAUACACCGGUGGCUCUAUGGGCUCCCAUAAGCUACAUUGAUAGCCCCCAUUACAAUCGUUACAUUGGAAUUUCAGAAAUUCACGUUCGAUGCAAUCGAUUACCGAACCGAAUAUAGCUGUAAACCAAUCGUUUUCUCCUUUGGCAAAUCAAAGCCAUGAAGAGUGUCGACAACGGAUUGGGAAAGAAAAGCGAGUAUGGUGUUUUGCAAGUUUUCCGUGCAAGGAAAUCUGGGCCAGGUUACGAUUAGAGAUUUGCGAUUGUCGAUGAAUGAAAAGGGUUUAACUCUCUCGAGAAAAGAUUUGUUCGAUAUAUGUAUUUUUUAUAGCUUCUCGUUCCCUUCUCGCUUUCUCUCUUUCUUUUUCUUUGUAUUUCUCAAUCAAUCGAGAGAAAGUUUUGUGUCGAAUAGUUGGUUCGAAUGAAACUAAGAAAAAAAGUAAUAAUUUUGGAAAUAUUCACAAACAAUAUGGUCAUUAACAAUGUAUAUAGAUGAAUUUUCUUUUCAAUUGUAUUUUAUAUUUUUAUACUUUUCUUAAUUUUUUAAUGGCUUGUUUUCUAACAUAUAUUUAUCUAUUAUCCAUCGAUAUUAAUAGAUCUACCGUUAUAUGUAAUAGUAGAGAAUCAGAGUAUAAGAUUAAAAUUUAAUCUAAUGAUGAGACAAUUAGAUAUAAUCUGAAGUAUUUUACGUAAUUGAUAUUAGUGUUGACAAGAACCGUGAAGUUUACGGUGUACCGACAGUUCCGUGGAAAGAAUCCCAUAAUCGUUGGCAACCUUCGGUCUGAUCGUCAUUCUGUGUAUAUCUACCUUGCGAUCCAGUCCUUUCUAAAACUUGUCGUCUUCGAAAUAUUUACCGAUGUUUAAAACAUUAUAUUUGUGAUUAAUUCUUUGUUUUAUAAUUCUAAAAACUUCAAUGACAGUGAUGUGAAUGAUUUGUGCGUGUAGAAUAGUAAAUUUCUUCGAGAUCUUUCGAAAAAUCAAAAAAAAAUGCUAAAAUUAACGAUGAUUUGUUCGCGAAAAAAUUAAAAUGAAUGAUGUUCAUUGAUCACACAUUUUUUCAAGUGGAAUAUUCGAAGUUGAGUUCAAGGUUGAACAAAUUAAAAUGUUAUUGAAAUAUUGAAUUGAAGCAUCUUUGAAAUGUUUUGUCAUUUAUAUACAAUUCGUACUUUUUUGAGACAUCGACUCUAUUAAAAAUAAAAAAAGUCAAAGAUUAUACGAAUUAGAAUUCGAUAUUUAAUAAAUUUUUAUUUAUUAACAAGUAAAAUAAAUGGAAUAGACAAACAAGCGGAAAAAAUCGUGAUGUAUAAUACUCAAUGCAAAUUAAAAAAAAAAAAACAUGCAACAAAGGAUUACGUGUUUCUGAGAGUAAAUCUUAUUAUUUCUCGGUAGUGUUCGUUCAAAGGACAUCGUUAAUUUCACAUUAACCGGCCUUCAGAUUUUAACGACUAGUUCCGUAAAACAAAGAAGCAUUUUUACAUAAUUUUUAGAAUCGUUAUGUUCCCAAAUAAAAUAUUUUACUUCGCGACUAAAUUUUUGUUACACUUAUUUUGCAUAAAUUAUCAGUAAUCCUAUUAUCAGUAGUCCUUGUGUUAUAUAAAUAUCAAAUAAUAUGGUAUAUAUAAUUAUAUGUUAAAUAUGAUAAGUAAGUCUUUUUUCAAUGAUUAUGUGGUAAAAUUGUUAGAAUAUAUAUAUAUAUAUAUAUUUCGAUUAAAAUUAUAAAAUAUAUAUUUUAAACAUUUAAACAUUAUAAUAUAUUUUUAUUAUAUAAAUAUAUGUAUAUCUAAAUCAAGAAUAAUAUAAGAAUCGUAUAAUAUUUUAAAAGAAAUGGAUUCAAUGGAUUUUAUGAUUUCGAUCUAGUUCAAUAAAGAUUUCAUUCUCAGUUCAAUAAAUAUCUAAAAAAAUGACGGAUCAAGUCUCACCUUUGCUGGAUAUUCAGACCAAUGGCUAUCUCGAUAUCAGAUACGAUCUGCUUAAUCCUUUAGAAAAUGGAUCGAUCAUUUCGCCGACGGAAAGUAUACCACGGAACAGAGUGCUCAGGAGAACAAGAAGUUUAAACGCACCUAGUCCAAUUCAACAAUUUGGGCCAUGCGGACGCAUCAUGAAGAAUUCUGCGAUGGUGAUGACCAUACAAGAUCCAGCCUCCCAGAGGUUGACGUGGUACAAGCCACCGCUUACUGUUCUCGUUAUCAAAAAAGUCCGGGAUUCUUCGGUACUGCCACCAUUUGUACAAUUAGUUACAUGGUUAAUAGAAGAAAAACGGAUGGUAGUAUUCGUAGAGGCAUCUGUCCUGGAAGAUCCAGCCUUGGCUAGGGAUCUCAGAUUUCAAGAGGUUCGAGAUAGGCUACAGACUUUCAGAGAUGGCACGGAUGAUUUACAGGAUCGUAUCGAUUUCAUUGUCUGUCUGGGAGGCGAUGGAACCCUUCUCUAUGCAAGUUUGCUAUUCCAGCAAUCGGUACCUCCUGUGAUGGCAUUUCAUCUUGGUUCCUUAGGAUUUCUCACGCCCUUCGAAUUCGAUAAUUUUCAAGAACAAGUAACGAACGUAUUAGAAGGUCACGCGGCUUUGACCCUGAGGAGUCGACUGAAAUGUAUCAUCAUGCGAAAAGGAGAAGAGAAUAAGGAGACAAAACCACCACGAACGGAAUUAUUGGUGCUGAACGAGGUCGUGGUGGAUCGAGGUCCGUCCCCAUAUCUCUCAAACAUCGACCUCUUCAUCGAUGGUAAACAUGUGACCAGUGUACAGGGUGAUGGCCUGAUCGUAAGCACGCCGACCGGGUCUACGGCGUAUGCUGUUGCGGCUGGGGCCAGCAUGAUUCAUCCUUCUGUACCUGCGAUCAUGAUUACACCGAUCUGCCCUCACUCUUUGUCCUUCAGGCCGAUCGUCGUGCCCGCUGGCGUCGAAUUGAAGAUAUCUGUUUCACCCGAUAGCAGAAACACUUCAUGGGUAUCCUUCGAUGGUAGAAAUAGACAGGAGCUUUUUCAUGGCGAUAGUUUAAAAGUAACAACAUCUAUAUAUCCAGUACCCAGCAUUUGCGCUGCCGACCAAAUUACCGAUUGGUUUGAUUCACUAGCAGAAUGUUUACACUGGAACGUUCGCAAGAAGCAGAAACACUUGGAUGAAUUGAGCGACUUAACUCAUUCAUCUAGCAACGAUACGCUAGAUUCUCUCGAUCGUGAUAGCUAGGUCAGGCAAACGAGUCAUAGACUGAACCAAUACAUCAAGCCCUAAAUAAUCAUGUUAAAUCAUUUAAUGAAUCGAUAAUUGUCCUACAAGACUAGGUUCGAUAAAAAAUCAAUGACUCAUUGCAUACAACGGACGAAAAGGACAAGUCGUGUAACUUGUGUUCGUUCUGUCAUAAAAAACAGAAGAGAAUGAACUCGUCUAGUAAUCAUUGAAAGAACUGAAAUAUCGUAUAUGGACUAUUAGCGAUUUACAAGUCUCGAAUAUCUCAAGUUCUCAAAAGAAAUAAUAAUAUUUUGAUACGUUCAAAAGUAAAUGAAAUGUUGAGAUUGUUCGUUUUCACGAAAUAAAAGAUUGUAAAGACUUUAUGGCUAUAAUCAGUGCAUCGAAAAGCACAACAGAAGUGUUUUCUAUGUCCAACGCAUAAUUCUACAGUGAUAUUUCACUCUAAUUUGCAAAAUCAUUUCUAAAACAAAUUUCUUUUCUUUUAUUUUUUUCCCUUUUUCUUUAUUGGAUUUAAAUUAAUAAUGAAUAUAAGAUUAUAAAGUAUGGAAGCAUUUGAAGAAAUUAUAAAAAAGAUAUUAAUGACAGAAAUAAUAUCAUGUAUUUAAGAAAAAAAUUGAUGCAAUUAAUUUGUUUAAUAAAAAAGCAGAAUGAAUUAUUAAUAUUCUUAUUUAAUAAACAAAUUAUUAUGAAAAAUAAUAUAUUAAAUUAUGAUCAUUCAUUUUAUAUUUUACACUCAUACUUAUUUAUUAUACUUGGAUUUUUUAAUGCAUUUCAAAUUAUGAAUCAAAAUAAAUUUAUAGUUUUUGAUAUAACUAUAUUAUUUCGUAUACUUUAUCAAAGUAAUUUUGUUAAUUGCAACAAAACAACAAGGCACAUAAGCAUGAAUCAACUAUAAGAAAUAUUAUUAUCGAUAAUUUUUUCUGCUUUCUUCUGAAAAAAUAGUCCGAUUAUGGAUUAUUCUUUUGUAAAUGUUAAAUGUACUUUUCCUAAUGAACAUUUUUAAUAAAAAAAAUCAUUUUUGUACAAA